CAGGAUGCAGUUAUCGUCGCUCUGUCUGCUGAUGUCCUGUCUGCGGGUCAGCCCUGACAGGUCUCAGUUCUUCAAGUACGACUCCGUCUCUCUGAGCUGCGAGGACGAGCUCAACUCCACCGUUUGGAGGGUGAAGAGGAACACCUCAAAGGGCGGGGUCACGACCUGCACCUUCGGCUGGGGCUCCACCCCCACGAGCUCCACCUGCUUCAUCGGAAACAUCUACCCGUCAGACAGCGGGGUGUACUGGUGCGAGUCUGGAAGCGGGGAGAGGAGCAACAAGGUCAACAUCACCAUCACUGACCAUGCUGUGAUCCUGGAGAGCCCCGCCCUCCCUGUGCCACAUGGAGACGCUGUAACUCUGGGCUGCAAAGCGAAGCAGAGCUCUUCCAACGGAGGGUUUGAUUUCUACAAAGAUGGCCGCUCCAUCGGCAGCAGCUCCACCGGACAGAUGACCCUCCAGAGGGUGUCCGCAUCGGAUGAAGGACUGUACUCGUGCAGCGUCUCCGGAGGUGAGGAGUCAGUGGGCAGCUGGCUCGCUGUUAAAGAACGACAUGUGUUUGUCUUUCCAGCAAGAAACCAAUCCGGCCUCCAGAUUGAAAACCAAACAGAAGCGUCUCCUCCGCUUUCGUCUCCACCUGUAGCGUCAUGUUCAGUGUCCGUCUUCAGACUGGUGUGUCACCUGGCGGUGGGAGCUCCGUACCUGCUGUCCACCAUCGUACUGGGACUCAUUUACAGAGACAGGAGAGUGGCUCAGACCGCUGCAGAGAGAAGAGGCAGCAAAGACGUCAUCAUGGAAAUCGUACAAUAGUUUACAGACUGGUUAAAAUAAAUAAAUAGAAUAAAUGGUGAAAGAUUGACAGAAGGAAAGGACGGGGUGAGAAUAAAAGGAUGAAGAGACAUGGAGAGA